AUGUCUGCUCACAAUGGGCUCUCUGCUCAGAUAUCCGCCCAUUUAGCCACGAAGUCACUCCACCCUACUCCUCAAUGGCUCUCCUCCCUCAUUCCAACCAUCCGCGCCAACACUCCCCUCCCGGCCCUUCAACGGACGGCAGAGUUCCGCCUUCUCAGCACCGAUAUCACCUCCACUUUGCAGUCUAGCUCUUCCUCCACCUUCUCAGCUGGAAUAUCCGACCCCAACGUCAAAGACCUACGCAUUCCGGGUCCAGUGCCCGUCCAGGUGCUCGACAUCGAGGACGUGGGACGCAGCCGGUGGAGCCAGGUCGAAGCGAUGGAGAUGGAAGAACGAGGAGAGACGAGGAAGGGACAUGAGGUCAUCCGAGUAGUGGCAGAAGAUGAUCAGGACAACAGUGAUUCGAAUCCGCCUGCAGCUACUGGAGGUGGACCGCACAAAUUGUUGGUGCAGGAUGCCAAGGGAACAAAAGUCUACGCCUUCGAGUUGGAGAACGUGGAAGGCGUGAGCGUGGGCGGUCUGGCCAUUGGGGCGAAGAUGGUGUUGAAAGACAUCACGGUGUCAAGGGGUGUGGUUCUGCUUCGUGCCAGAGGGGCCCAGGUGCUGGGUGGGAAGGUGGAUGCUUGGGAUAAGAAGUGGAGAGAGGAGAGGAAGGCAAAGCUGAAAGAGAAGGCUGGAUGGCGAGAUGAUGGUAAUGGUUGA